AUGCAACAGUUCUUAAGCCAAGCACAUGAUCAGUCAUCGGUGGACGAGUUCGUAGAACUUGUGAAUGCCCAACAAAUGAUGUCUUCCCCUAAAAUGGUUCUCAAUGAAACCGCAGUCGAGGUGGAAAUGAGUCUUAAUGCAAAAUUGCUGGUGAUUUCGGUGGGCACAAUCGCGGCCAAUAUUCGUUCAUGGACGGAUGUAUUCACUCAAGCCAGGAACAGUGCACCAUGUGUUUUGUUAUUGGAUGACAUUGAAAGUAUGGAGAAGUCGACUGCACCGGUUGGCACAUUUCGUCUGACUUGCCUGCUUAAAAGUCAGCUACUCAAAGAUCUUGUCGGCUCGGGGGUGGUUCUGGUCGGCGAAACCCGUUCCCUGUUGGCCAGCCUUCCUCAGUCCAUUGUUGACUUAUUCACCCAACGGAUUACAUUCGGCAUGCUACGAGAAGAACACCGAUUGAACCUGUUUCGUCGGUACUUGACGGAAGAAUCCUCGGAAUUCGUCCUAUGUAAUAACGAACAAGCUGCCGCUGAUGACUUCCUGCAGCUGAGCGAUGGACUGACAUGUAUGGAGUUGGCACGUCGGACUCCUGGGUACGAGGUGGGUGAUAUAAUACGUUUUGUAGCUCAUUUACGAAUGAGCGUGCUGGCCCGCGUCGCUCCAGAUAGUGACAUAGAGGAAGACUCGGGCGCAGAACGAUCGUUGGGUGACAAGUCCGUCUCGUUCACAGUGGGCAAAGAGGAUUCAGUGGUUACAUCUGAAUCCAUCAAUUUCCUGAAUUACAAUGAUAAAUGUCCCCGUCCACUUCGGGUCACACGUGACUUGGUGGACGAAUGCCUCACAGUCGUGGUGCCAGCAGUCAAGAACACCGCAGAGUUUGUCACAAUCCCGGAUGUCACGUGGGCUAAUGUGGGCGGUCUGGAGGGAACCAAAACGCAACUUCAUAAUCGGUUUAUGGUACGUGAUCGUGUGAAACCAGUAGAUAACCUGUUCCUCAUAUCAAAACCGGUGAUUUGUCAACAAACUGGGGUGCUCUUGAGUCACGGUUCAUUACAUCUUUUCAGGUGCUAG